AUGUGUAGUAAAAAACCUGAUAAAUCUCCAAGUGUUAAAAAUUCUCCUUCCACUAUUACUCUUUCUAAUCAAUGUAGCAGAAAUCGAACAGUUUAUUUGCAGACUCUCUGCGUAAUUGCGCGAGGUCAAGGUCGAGAAAAACGCGUAAGAAUUCUUUUAGAUUCAGCUAGCCAGUAUUCUCACGUGAGUGAAAGAUUAAUUGCUCACUUGGGAUUAAUACCACAUAGAUAUGAAAACGUAAUUCACUCCCUGUUUGGAGGAACGCAAACGAAGCCUAAGCAACAUGGAGUUUAUUCUAUCGAGCUGUCAGCUUUGAAUAGAGAUUACUCUUGUUGUUUAGAAGUUCUUUCAGAGGGAAAGAUAUGCAACAGUGUCCCGAAAAUAACAGAUCAGCGAAUUCUUAACAAUUUAAGAGAAUUGAACAUAGAGUUUUCGGAUUCAUUCAGCGAAGAUUUAGAGAUCGAUGUGUUAGUGGGUUCGAACGUGUUGGGUCGAAUUUUACUGAAGAAAUGUUGUGAAUUAGAUUCCGGUUUAUCUGUGGUUGAGACUAAACUGGGAAAUACAAUUAUAGGAAUGCAGAAUGAAGUGUGUCAUAUUGAUAGAAAUGUUAUGACAACACUUGCAAUGUAUGUAAGAAGUAUUAAAUUAACUGAUCUCUGGGAUCUCGAAAAUUUAGGCAUCUCAAAUCCAACACUAGUGGAAAGCAAACACAAUUCUUAUGAAGAAGCUUUAAAUGAUUUUCAGCAGAAGUUAACAAUUCUUCCUAACGGAAGGUACGAGUUACAGCUUCCGUGGAAACAUGAUCCAGCUAAUUUACCUGAUAACAAAGAAGUUACUGUGCCUCGAUAUAUUGCCAUAAAUGGAACUUCUGAAAUCCAUGUUUUUGUUGAUGCAUCUAAAAGCUCAUAUGGUGCAUGUGUAUUUGUUCGAACUGUUGUAGAAAAUGAUGUAAAAGUUUCACUUUUACGUUCUAAGACUAGAGUAGCCCCCUUGAAAUCUCUUACCAUUCCUAGAUUAGAAUUAAUGGCCUGUUGCAUUGGAGCUAGACUUGCAAAUUCAAUUGUCCGUGCUUUACAUCUACCAGAAAUAAAAGUAACUUACUGGACCGAUUCAGAAGUGGCUCUUUGGUGGAUAAGAGAGCAAGGAAAUUGGUCUGUGUUUGUGGCCAAUCGGGUAAAAGAAAUAAGGGAACUUACCAAAUUUCAGUCAUGGAGGCAUGUUCCAGGUAAUAUGAAUAUAGCAGAUUUGUUAUCACGAGGUUGUACCCCCAAACAGAUGUUAGAUUCUAAAUGGUGGGAGGGACCUCAAUGGUUAAAAAAAAGUAGAGGACAGUGGCCUGCCAGUGAAAUUAAUUGUGAACCUAAGGAUGUUAUUUUGGAAAAAAGGAAGUCUGAAUUAGUUAAUGUAAAUAUUUCUGAGGAAGUGGUCCCGUGGUAUGCUGUACGAUUUUCCAAAUACAAUUCAAUAGUUCGUUUAAUGGGUUGGAUUUUAAGAUUCAUCAAUAAUUCUAGGGUUCCUGUUGAGGAAAGAAAACUUUCCAAACUAUCGUCGGACGAUAUAGAAAAAGCUGAAAGGGUGUUAAUUCGGUUAGUGCAAGGUAAAAUGUUUCCUAAUUUGAAGUCGAUACCCAUUGUAAAUGUCUUUAAAGACAACGAAGGAAUCAUUAGAGUUAAAACUAAAAUAACCGAGAGAAAAGAUGAUCCAAAUUUUAUUGCUCCUAUUUUGAUGCCUAGUAAAUGCCUUUUAACCACAAGAUUAAUUGAAUAUUAUCAUUUAAAAAACUGUCACGCUGGGGUUCAAAUUCUUACGUCUAUACUGCGUGAAAAAUUCUGGAUAAUGAAAACGCGAAAAACGGUUAGGGAAGUAGUUAUGAAGUGUGUGCCUUGUCGUCGAUAUAGCUCAAACUCUCCUAUGAGUGAUCCGGUGAGUCUGCCUGCAGAUCGUGUUAAAGAUGCUAACGCGUUCGACAUCACGGGUAUAGAUUUGGCUGGACCUCUUUUUACUAGAGAUGGAGGUAAGGUGUGGAUAGUACUUUAUACCUGUGCCAUUUAUCGGGCGAUACAUCUAGAGCUAGUAAGUUCAUUGUCCACUGAGUGUUUCAUGCUUUCUUUAAGACGGUUUAUAGCACGUCGUACUAGACCAGAAACUAUAUAUACAGAUAACGGGACUAAUUUUGUUGGCACCAAUAGUGAAUUGAAAAAUCUAGAUUGGGAUAAGAUAAUGCGAGAGACCGACAUUAAACCUAUUAAAUGGAAGUUCAAUCCUCCAACUGCCGCUUGGUGGGGAGGAUGGUCGGAGAGAUUAGUACGAGUAAUUAAAGAAUUAUUGAAGCGUACUUUAGGUAAGGCAAUUUUAAAAUAUGAAGAACUUUUAACUGUCCUGUGUGAUUGUGAAGCGGUGGUGAAUUCUCGUCCAUUAACCUAUAUUUCGGAAGAUCCGAAUGAUUUAAUACUAUUAACGCCAAGUUUGUUUUUAAACGGGAAAUCUUCAUAUGAUACCAUAGAUUUAGAUUUAAGUGAAUUCUCUAAGUUUCAGAAAAGAAUAAGGUAUCGUAGAAAACUGAUCCAUGAUUUUAGAUCACGUUUCAGGAAAGAAUAUCUUGGUCAACUACGUCAAAAACGCCCAGGAAAGUCUGGUCAUGAUUUCAAAGUUGGUGAAGUCGUGAUGAUUGAGGAGCCAUCCAAAAAGCGCGUGUAUUGGCCUUUAGGAAAAGUAAUAAGUCUGCUUCCAGGUAGGGAUGGUAAAGUCCGUACCUUGAAAUUGAAAUUUAAGAACUCCGAACUGAUUCGUCCAAUUCAAAGAGUUUAUCCACUCGAAGUACCGUUUAUAAAUGAAAUUGUAAAAAUUGAUGGCGUUCCGACAUCUAGUGUCAAAGAAAAUGAAUUAACCAAUAAUGCAGUCAUAAGAAAUAAAAUCACUAAAUCAGGUAGAUUAGUUAAAAUACCUGAAAGACUUGGAUUAUUUAAUGAGGUUUUACAUGCUUUUGAGUGA